GUUGUCAAAUGUCAAUGUCCAUCAGCAACGCCAUAUUUGUCAAAGAGUUAUUACAAUUUUAAAUAAAAAUUAUUGAAAAUGCCGAACUACUAGCUGAUUAAACAUCAAAAUAACUAUCAGAUGUCCAAGUUAUAAGUUAUGGUAUAGACGUAGCUAAAAUUCCCGACAGAGUGAUUUCUGAGGUAAUGGCCAAUGGUACUAAAGAGAGAUGGGAUCCAGCAUUGACUCGUCUACUUUCGUCCCUCCAACAAGCCUCCAAUUUGCCUUCAACCGAAGAAGAAUUAGGAUUUCUCAGUACAUUACUCCAAUCGAAAGAAUUGCACGCUUUAGUGAACGUUCAUAACAAGAUAAUUAGUAAUGGCGCCAGCGACAAAUUCUUCCCGAUGCUUUCCACCUCCAUGGACAUCUUGGCGGAUGUUCUUGAAGAGUUGGUGCAUAGGCCACAUAUGUCUGAAGACGGCAAGGAGCUGUUUUAUUUGUUACAGAAGCCACAUAUUCAGGGCUUGUUAUAUUCUCACGACUCCGUAGCUCAAAAAGACUAUUACCCCCACCUACCGGAAAUACCUCGAGACACUGAAGAAGAGGAAGAAACUAUUAAAAUUGUUCAACUGGUUAAAAGUAAUGAACCACUUGCCGGGGGGGCACAAAGUGCCGAACCGAUUGUUGGAGCCACUAUAAAGACGGACGAAUCCACAGGGAAGAUUGUAAUAGCCAGAGUAAUGCAUGGCGGCGCUGCUGACAGAUCGGGUUUGAUCCAUCCUGGGGACGAAGUUGUGGAAGUUAAUAACACGAACGUAGAAGGAAAAACACCCAAUGACGUUUUACAAAUUUUGCAAAACUCCGAAGGAACGAUAACCUUCAAAUUGGUACCGGCCGACGGUAAGGGCGGUGCGAGGGAAAGCAAAGUUAGAGUUAGAGCGCAUUUCGACUACGAUUCUUCCGUCGAUCCUUAUAUUCCUUGCAAAGAAGCCGGACUGGAUUUCAGGAAAGGAGACGUCCUUCACAUAGUUUCGCAAGACGACGCUUAUUGGUGGCAGGCUAGAAAAGAGGGGGAUAGAAACAUGCGCGCCGGCCUCAUACCGAGUCGAGCCCUUCAAGAACGAAGAAUCAUUCACGAUAGGACGCAAACUAAUAAAAAAGGUGAAGAUGCGGAAAACGACGAUUUUGAUCGCGAACAAAUCGCUACCUACGAAGAGGUGGCCAAGUUAUAUCCACGACCGGGCAUGUUCAGGCCCCUGGUGCUGAUCGGUGCCCCAGGAAUAGGACGCAACGAAUUGAAGAGGAGGCUGAUCGAUACUAAUACCAAGAAGUACAAGACUCCUACUCCGUUUACCUCGCGACCGAUGAAGCCAGGCGAAGAGAACGGCAAGGAGUACUUCUUCGUGCAACGUGAGGACAUGGAGAAGGACAUCGAGAAGGGAAAGUUCAUAGAAUUCGGCGAGUACAAAGGUAAUUUGUACGGGACGUCGGCGGAAAGCGUUAAAGCCAUCGUCAACGCGGGGAAAGUAUGCAUUUUGAAUCCGCAUUACCAGGCUCUGAAGAUGCUGAGGGUGCCGCAGUUAAAGCCGUACAUUAUUUACAUCAAACCUCCGAGUUUAGAGGUGCUCAAGGAGACGAGGAAUGCCUAUCACGCCCGGUCUACGUUCGAUAUUAAUAAUUCCAGAGGGUUUACGGAAGACGAAUUUAAUGAUAUAAUGAAAGCAGCGGCUAGGAUCGAAUUCCUCUACGAUCAUUUUUUUGACGAGACCAUCGUCAACGAUGAUUUAGCGUUGGCGUUCAGCCAGUUGCUCAGCGCCGCCAAUCGGUUGGAAACCGAACCUUUGUGGGUGCCCGCGUCCUGGGUUCAGUGA